CGUGGGGAGUCAAACGUCUCGUGCAAUCAGGAAACUGCCACCCCAAAACCAUCUUCUUAUCCCUUAUCAUAUCUUCAUCGGCAAACUCUCUCUCUCUCUCUCUCUCUCUCUCUCUCUAACACACACGGUCACACACACUGGGAGCUCUUUCUAGCAAAUGGAAGCUCCAACUUUUCAAACCCACAUCCAGUUGCCAAUUGCCUUCAAAUCCACAAGUUUUAUGAACAGCGAACAAUCCAAGAUUGUUCUCCCAAAAAACUUGGGUGGGAGAUUCCCCACCCCGAUGAUGGAAAGAAUGCCAAGAAGGUCGCUUCUGAAGCUUGUCGUCUGCAAUCCUAUCCUUCUAAAUGUUUAUCCUGUAUUUGGUGAACCAAUGCAGGAGAUGAAGGAGCCUGAAGUAGUUCGGACCCAGAAGCUUGCUAGUGGAGUGAGGAUACAAGACGUUAUUGAAGGGGAAGGGCCCGAGGCUCGUGAAGGAAAUCUCGUUGAAGUUAACUACGUAUGCCGGCGAUCAAAUGGGUAUUUUGUUCAUAGUACUGUGGAUCAGUUCAGCGGAGAAAGCUCUCCUGUUUUACUUGCUCUGAAUGAGAAGCAGUUCCCCUUCACAGAUAAUAAAGGGCCUGAUGGAGGUAUUGGUCGGCAUGAAGGUUGGAGGGAAGAGAAGAGCAUUAAUACCUCCAUCCGCAGGAUACAUCAAUGAGUACUUGCAACCAGUUCCUGAAGAGUUUGGCCCUCGACGCAGCCUUUUGUCUCAUGCCAAUGAGCCUUUGGUAUUUGAAGUGCAGCUCUUGAAAGUUCUGUGAGUUUAUUGCUGCUGUGUCCCUCUUUAGUUCUGUGAGUAUAUUUGAAGUGCAGCACUUUUUCCUCCUAGAUUAUUUGUAUGAAGAAAACAUUAUUGAAAGAAGAUUGAAGCUUUAUGUAUCCUUUGAGUCUACAGAUUAACUUAUUCAUGGAUCUAUUAGGAGUAAAUGUAGUUUAGUGGAAAACUUACAUUUCAAGGCAUGUCGUAAACGAAUGAUCCAUGCAUUCCCAUGGCUUUACUGAGCUUAUCUAUAUUAAAGGGAGGAAGGUGUGGGGCCGAAAAAAGAUAUUUUCACAACAAGGGCUGAGAUUGAUUUGGAUUUACUUUGAUCCAAUGGACUAGGCCUUCUCUCUCGUCCAAUUCUCACGAGACAUGUGACUUUUCUUUUUUUCUUUUUGCUUUUUCUUUUUCUUUUUACAUUGGGGACUGAACACUUUUCCUCUCCCCCGUUGUAGCCCCACCCUCCUUGCCGCAAAACCUCGUCCCUUCCUUGCAGCUGUAGCACAUCCUCCCCCAUUCGAGGCUGCCGCACCAAGCCUCCCUCACCCUAGGGUGGCUCCGGUGAUAACCCUCUUGGCCACCUCCACCGCAUCAGCCCCCUUACAUCCAGUCCUGUCAGUGGGCCUCACACCAUCUUUGUGACCCAUGUUCUAUCCAUUGAAUGUUAAUUUUCUGAUAAGUUUUUAUUUUCUUUGUAAGUAGUUCUGAUAAGAUUGGUGUGAAAUAUAUCAGGGAAUGAAAGUUGUUGGUGCGAUUUACUAUUUUUCUUUGUAGCAAUCUUUUGUUUCUAAUCGAAUAAGAAAUGGAACAGAUAUCUCAUACUGUUCUUCUCCAUCUGAUUUGUUUGUCAAUAGAGCAAAUUGUUGGUGGACUUUUUGCUAUUGCUAGCAAUUGCUUUUCUUAAAGUCCAAAGGUUGAGUUUCCGCAAGUUUUGGGGUCGGGUGAAAUUGAGUAGAGUUGUGCCUGCUGCCUGCUGCCUGCUCUAACUCUAAUCGUUUAAUGUUGCAUAAAUUAGAUGGUACAAUUGUUGUCCACAAGAUUGUUUUGACUAAUCUCUUUCAAUCCAUGAUUUUGAUGUUCACUCCCCCUCCUCUACUCUCUAGUCUCUUCUGCUAAAUGUAAGAGAAAAAUAAUGGAUUAAGGCAUUACAUUUUGUAGCAACUCGCUUUUGAGUCAUAGAUAUAGAUGAAGUGUUACGCUUUAAAAUACCAGGCUUAGUGAAAUGUUAUUUGAUUGGACUUUUGGGUAGUCUAUUCGAUGGAAGGGUGGUAAAUUGGAUGACAAUGGAUUUGUAAAUUGGAUGGAAUCUAGUUGUGCGAGUAGUGUCUCUAUGAACAUGUACAACUAGGAGUGUGGUAAGGUGUUGAGGCUUUUAUGUGUAGGUCACAUUUGUUCGCUGAUGUAUAUUUUCUCCAAUGUCUACGAAAUUAAAGUAGUAUCGUUUUUCUUAACAGUUUGGAAACAUUUGU